CCUUAUUCAAUAAUAAAAGAACUAUUUGGCGCCUAUGUUGAAUAUGUCGGAUACUUGGGAAAAUCGGGAUCCGAAUCAGUUAACUAAAGGCAGACUGAAGAGUGAAUUAAUUGCUCAUAACGUACCUUUACCGCGAAGGGAGCAGAAGAAAGAGGUUUACGUUCAGCUCUAUUUAAAACACAUUACUUCUAAGAAUAAGUCAGAAUUGAGGGCGGAUUUUUCCAGCGACGAGGAGGAUUCUUCAGAAGUUAAAAGCACCGAACUUUCCAAAUUGACGAAGAGUACAGGUAAUUAUACAAAUAUGAAUGUCAUGCAACUGAGCGAUGAAGACUUGAAAGAGCAACUUGUGAAAUAUGGAGUUACACCUGGUCCAAUUGUGGGAUCUACUAGGACAGUUUAUGAGAAGAAGCUCAUGAAGUUGAUGGGACAGCGUUCAGCUGUGCCCCCACCCAAGCAAAAUGGAACUGGUGAUAUUGACCAAUACUCAGAUAGUGAAGAGGAAGAAGAUUUUCCUCCUGAGAGCUCCACACAGAGCAAAAUUGGUACUUCAUAUGUACUUCAUGAUGUACACAGUACAUCAAAAGUCACUGUCACUGAUGCAAGAAAAUCAAGACAAAUAAAGGAAGCAGAUGUGUUGACUCCAAUGUUUCCGGAUGAAAUGAGCACUCCAGCAGGAAUCAGUGCAAUGCGGCGCCGACCAAUCAAAGGAGCAGCAGGUCGACCAAUUCAAUAUAAUUUUGAUGAUCUGGUGACGCGGGCUGCAAUGAGAAGCACCUACAAGGAGAAAAGCAACUUCUCAGGUGCAAGUGAGAACACCCCAGUGCAGCGCCUUGUGCCAAUGUGGCUGCGGAUCCUCUUGUUCAUCAUUGUGUUGCUAAUCCUUUUUCUCGUCUAUCAAGCGAUGGAAAGUAAUCAGGAGAAUCCUUUCGCAUCUUUCCUGGAGCAAGCUAGCAACCAAGUAUCUCAGCCAGAUCAUGGGGAUGCUAAAUCAACAUCAAACAGUGAAGCAUGAAGAAUAUGGAGCAGAUGUACGUGGAGAAUGGCAUUAGUCUCUGAAUUAGGCGGUUUAAAGUAGUGAAGUCUUUUUGAGCUUUGCUGCUUUAAAAGUAACUGAGGGCCCUACCAUGUUAACCAGUACAUUAAGUGCCCGUACGUUUGUACAAAAAGCCUCAAAUACAGGCCCCUGCACUCAGUCACCCCACAGGCCCAUUUCCCUUUGUUAAACAAUGAUGAAGCAAUUGAAUUUGUAAUGGGUGGAAACAGAAGGCUUGACUAAUGUGCUCAAACUAAAUUUGAGAAAGAAAUGACUAGAUGAAUUUAAUGUGUUCUGUAGUGCCUGCCUGGUCAUCUAAUUAACGUGACACUAAAGUUAUUGAAGUACCCAGGUGAUGGGUUAAGUUACAAUGUCAGUACUCCUCGAAGGUAGAGAUAUUAGUUUUAUGUUUAUCAAGUUCAUUGUUAAACGAUUCCUUUCAAAUUAUAAUAUCCAAUCUGCCAUUUACUUGCAUCCACUGACUUCCUGUUUUGGUCAUUCUGUGGGGUUUCUUUGGACAGGAAAAUCUGAAGUUAGAAUGUUUUUAUUUUGAAUAUUGCAUGUGUAUCAUUGCUGGCAUGACACAUAAGAAUGGCAAUUCUAUUUGUAGCUUUGUACCAGCUUGUGUAUUCUUAAGGCAAAGUAGUUUUUUUUAUAUAAGUGGGUUAAAUUAUCGAAACUUCAUGCUCUUUCAGAGAUUUAUUAAAUUUAUGUAUGUGAAUCUCUUAACAGGGAUAUUAAAGCUGUUUGUUCAGACAGACCUUGACCGCUAAUACAUUUAUGAAUAUCAAAACCAUUGCAAUUUUAAUUUAACUCUAAACAACUUAUUUAUUGCAUGGUUUAAUUGAAAAUUAUUAGUCAAGUGUAUAUAUUUUUACAUGUCUUUCAUUUAUUAACCAUUUAACAUAGUAGAAGCAGUUUGUCCAUUUUAGCAGUUCCUUUUUACACACACAAUAUUAAAAUCCCAGUUCAGGAUGUGCUUUUAUUUUACAAGCUUUUGGCCUCUUUUGCUUGACUUAUCAGUUGAUGAACAGAAUAUUCUGUCUAUCUCUUGAGCUGUUGAUCUCUAUUUUUGUAACUUUCUGGAAUAAACAUAACAAACUACUUUUAUCCUUGUAGCAUCAGGAUUAAUUAAUGUUAAUGUAGGUGACUGAAAAUAAGAAAUAAGCAAAAGAUGUUACUAAAUACUUAAAGCACUGUAGCAGGUCAGUGAGAAAAUAAUUGUCACCUGUCUAUUUGUACCCCUUUCCAAAAAUGGCUAUAUAGUAAUAGAUACUUGAAUAUAUAUAUAUAUAUAUAGAGUAGAAAUUCACAGCACAAUACAAGACCAUUCAACCAGUUCUCACCAAUGUUUCCAUUAAACUUCCAGUUAAGGUGUGCCAGGACACUGGAAAAAAUGAACAUUCACCACCUUUAUCCUUGGCCGAUUUUUAGAAACUCCACUUGUUUUAAAGAGAGAGUUGUUGUUUAUUUUGAAAGCAUAUGAUUAUAUACAAAUUCUGUGUUAUGGGUUUAAUUACAGCACUUUGCUUUCAGUUAAAAUCUGAAGCCAUAUCAAAGUUCAAAUCAGAUCUCAAUUUGGACAGUCUUGUAGAGAAGUUAGUUUCCAGUAAGAGUUCCCCUUCUGGGAAACUGUGUAAGACCCUGGAAUCUUUAAACUCCUAUAGUUUAAUAUCCUAAUAUUAAUGGAUAAGGCAUUAGUCAGCCUGAUGUCUUGAGCUUUUGUUCUUCAGAGAGUUAUGUAUUGCCAAGUAGCAUGGAUGUUGAGGGCACUGGGUUUAAGAGGUAUUUUUGUUUGGGGUUUCUAGUCGUGGUACACAGUCAUAUGCAGCAUAGGGAUGUAAGGUUUACCAGAACUGAUCUCUCUCCAAAGUAUUCAUGUACAUUUUGCCUUGUAUAAAUUUUCAUGAUCUCAUUAACACAUACUGGUUCUUUGCAUGUCUGUGCAAAAUGUGAAAUUAAGAACAAUACAUUUCCAUUUUUGAAGACUGUUUGAUAUUAGUAAACCAAGAUACAGCACUCAUUGGGGCUUCCUGCUUUAGUUUUUAAAAUUUCCUGUUUUUCUGGGUUUCCUUCCCACCAAAUAACUUUUUGCUAAUAUUGACGAACAACUUUUAUCCACAAGUUAAGCUGAUAUUUUACCAGCUUGAAAAUAAAUUUAACAUUCAUGACUGCAUGUGCAUCUUGUGUAAAGUGGUCGAACUUCAUAUUUCCAAAUUAUCAUUCCAAGUAUUUAAAAAUUGAUUUAAAAAUGAACUAAAACCUGCCCUUUUUAGGAAGUGCUUUUAGAACAACAAUUUUGAAAGGUUUCUUUGUUUUUCAAAAAAAUAUUUAAUUUCCCCUCAAUGAGACAACUAUUAUAACUCAUGUUAAUGAUGCAUGGUAUAAAUAAUGCACAUUGAACUUUGGAUACAGCUUUAUAUGCUAGAGGCAUGGCAACUUCAUUGUUAAUCCUAAAAUCUUUAUUCUUUACUUCACAUCCUUUUGUGAUUUGUGUGAAUUUGUUUUCUUUACAGUAUGUAUUGAAUACUACUAAAUUUUUAAUUGUAAAAUAGUUUUAACUAUGGCUUAUUUAGAUUUUGUAGCCAAUUUAGAAAGAAAGUACUAGUUGACUGCUGGAAACAAGAUCCUUUGAAGUUGGCUUUUUUAAGUUACCCAGAUCAAUUUUAAUUCAUGGUGAGCUGUCAUAAUAUUUUACGUUUUAUGUGGGGAAAAUGAGGAAAAAACAUUAAGAAUCCUCAACAGUAUUAAAUCUCAGUAAGAAUAAGGGUAGUCUAUUUUGUGUUUCUAAAGGGGUAAUCUACCAAUUUCAUACACAUUCAGUCUUAAAAACACUUCACAUCUGUGAGUUUUAAUUCAUUAAACCAUUGGAGCAGAAAUUUUACAAUCUGCAUACAGAUUGUUCUCAAAUCUAAGGUAGAGACGUUGUACUCUGCUUUCAUCUAUAAUGCUGUGGCAUUACUGACCUGCAAAAUCUCUAAAUUUUUAAGUGCUUACAGAGAAUUUGUACUUAAGUUUGCAGGUGUAUCCAAGAAUGAACUAUAUCCUGUUGGAGAUUAACAAUUGAUACUUUUCAGGUUUGGAAACUGUUAUUUUCACUGACAUGGACAGCAGUAGUUUGAAAAAUGGGGAUUUAAGUACUUAACAAUGGGUGGGGAAUUCCUGUUACAUAAUGUGCCUUUGGAUAUUUUGAAUUCAUCAUGUUGAUACGUGCAACAUUCAUCCAUGUUUGAAAUGUUACCAAACACAACUUUUUUCUGAUGUUACUUUCUAGAAUUGUUGCUAGUUUCAGAUUAAUUUUGAGUGGCUUAUGAACAGUACCAUGGAUAAACUUGUAGAGAGCUGCAAAUGUAAUCAGGAUUGGGUCUGUUUUACUAAACUUCAGACCAUAAGUAGGAUCUGUAAAAUAGCAACUUGUUUCAUCUGUUUGGCUAGCAGGUUACAUUUCAAAUGUUUUGCACUGCUUUCAUAUGAUGGUAUUUCUUUCUAAAAUGCGCUGUUGGAAACUUUUUAAAUGUAACACCAGCUCUGUUUUGAAUGUGCCUUAUUAAAGUUUCUUAUCCAAAUUUAAAUAAAAUUUGU